AGGUGGUUUCUGUCUUAUCCGGAGAGAGGAGAGGAAAAAAAAAAAAAUCUCCCAACAUUGAUAUUUACACACACACACACGCCACACUUAAUUCCGAACCAUAAAUAUUUAUGACAAAAACACGGAUCAUCGGGAACGGUCGCUGACGUUUUAUACAAAAAAAACACGCAAAAAAGUGGCACAUACUUCCCCCUUGCCUCUAGUUCCCUGCCUUGUUUUUUUUUUGACGUUGUUGCGGUGAGCGCUCCCAAAACACUGAUGUUGUAGAACAAGCGAAAAGAAUCUCGUUGUGUUUCAGUGCUUGUUAGGAUUUGGAUGGGGAGAUGUUGAAGUACUGAGGAAAUACUUGAAUGCAGUCAAGCUCUUCUGAAACACUGGGGUUGUUGGUGUGGCUGAAUUUUUCCUGGAUCUGAGUGGUAAAUUCAGAAGACUGAAGCCCAGGCUCACUGUCUACCUUUCACGGAGGCCCAGCCGUGAGAGGACGGAGGAAGGCACGUGGCGAAUCAUGACGGCCGACAAGGAGAAGGAGAAGGACAGGGACCGGGACAGGGACAGGGACCGGGACAAGCGGGACAAGGCGCGGGAGAACGAGAGCUCCCGGCCGCGCCGCAGCUGCACGCUGGAGGGCGGCGCCAGGAACUACGCCGAGAGCGACCACAGCGACGACGAGGACAACGACAACGCCAGCGCCACCACCGAGGAGUCCACCAAGAAGAGCAAGAAGAAGCCGCCCAAGAAGAAGUCCCAGUACGAGCGCACGGAGAACGGAGAGAUCACCUCCUUCAUCACAGAGGACGACGUCGUCUACAGGCCUGGCGAUUGUGUGUAUAUUGAGAGCCGGCGUCCCAACACUCCCUACUUCAUCUGCAGCAUUCAAGAUUUCAAACUGAGUAAACGGGACCAUCUGCUGAUGAGUGUGAAAUGGUACUACCGCCAGUCUGAAGUGCCGGAUUCCGUGUACCAACACCUGGUCCAGGAUCGCAACAAUGAAAACGACUCUGGCCGGGAGCUCGUCAUCACCGACCCUGUCGUCAAGAGCAGAGAGCUCUUCAUUUCGGAUUACGUGGACACGUACCAUGCUGCCGCUCUGAGAGGAAAAUGCCAUAUUUCCCAUUUUUCUGACAUUUUUGCUGCGAGAGAGUUCAAAGCCCGUAUCGACUCAUUUUUCUACAUACUUGGCUACAAUCCAGAGACCAGGCGACUAAACAGCACGCAGGGGGAGAUCCGCGUUGGGCCCAGUCACCAGGCCAAACUCCCAGAGCUGCAGCCCUUCCCCUCUCCGGACGGGCAGACGGUGACGGAGAACGAGGAGCUGGUUUGGAUGCCAGGGGUCAACGACUGUGACCUCCUGAUGUACCUGCGGGCAGCCAGGAGCAUGGCUGCCUUUGCUGGGAUGUGUGAUGGAGGAUCUACAGAAGAUGGAUGCUUAGCUGCUUCUCGUGAUGACACUACACUUAAUGCAUUAAACACUCUUCACGAGAGCAACUACGACGCGGGGAAGGCGCUGCAGAGGCUGGUGAAGAAGCCCGUGCCCAAGCUCAUCGAGAAGUGCUGGUCGGAGGAUGAAGUGAAGCGGUUCAUCAAGGGUCUGAGGCAGUACGGCAAGAACUUCUUCAGGAUCCGCAAGGACCUGCUGCCCAGCAAGGAGACGGGCGAGUUGAUAACGUUUUAUUACUACUGGAAGAAGACCCCCGAGGCCGCCAGCUCGCGGGCCCACCGCAGACAUCGCCGGCAGCCCGUCUUCCGCCGGAUCAAGACGCGCACCGCCUCCACGCCCGUCAACACCCCCUCCAGACCGCCCUCCAGCGAGUUCUUGGACCUCAGUUCUGCGAGCGAGGAUGACUUCGACAGCGAAGACAGCGAGCAGGAGUUGAAAGGCUACGCCUGCCGUCAUUGUUUCACAACCACAUCCAAGGACUGGCACCACGGCGGGCGGGAGAACAUCUUGCUGUGCACGGACUGCCGGAUCCACUUCAAGAAGUACGGGGAGCUGCCGCCCAUCGAGAAGCCCGUCGACCCUCCGCCUUUUAUGUUCAAACCCGUCAAAGAGGAAGACGAUGGACUUAGCGGCAAGCAUAGCAUGAGGACCCGACGGAACAGAGGCUCGAUGUCGACGCUCCGGAGUGGCCGUAAAAAGCAGACAGCCAGCCCUGAUGGCAGAGCCUCGCCCCCCAACGAGGACAUGCGCUCCAGUGGGCGAGCCUCCCCCAGCGCCGCCAGCACCUCCAGCACCGACAGCAAGGCGGACUCCAUGAAGAAGCCCAGCAAGAAGAUGAAAGAAGAGGUGCCCUCGCCACUGAAGAGUGCCAAACGACAGAGGGAGAAAGUGGCGUCUGACACCGAGGAGCCAGAGAGGUCGACCACAAAGAAAUCAAAAACUCAGGAGAUGAGCCGGCCUGACUCCCCGUCCGAGUGCGAGGGGGAGGGCGAGGGGGAGAGCUCGGACAGCCGCAGCGUCAACGACGAGGGCAGCAGCGACCCCAAGGACAUCGACCAGGACAACCGCAGCUCCUCCCCCAGCAUUCCCAGCCCCCGGGACAACGAGAGCGACUCCGACUCUUCGGCCCAGCAGCAGGUGCUGCAGGCGCAGCCCCUGCCCCCCUCCGUCGGCGCGUCCUGCCCCGGGCCCCCGGGGGGGCCGCCCAUUCAGAUCAAGGAGGAGCCCCUGGAUGAGACGGAGGAGCCCGAGAGCCCCCCCCCGCCCCAAAGGAGCCCGUCUCCCGAGCCCACCGUGGUCAACACGCCCAGCCACGCCAGCCAGUCGGCAAGGUUCUACAAGCACCUGGACCGGGGGUACAACUCCUGCGCCCGGUCAGACCUGUACUUCACGCCCCUGGCGGCAUCCAAGCUGGCGAAGAAGAGGGAGGAGGCGCUGGAGCGGGCGAAGCGGGAGGCGGAGCAGAAGGCCCGGGAGGAGAAGGAGAAGGAGCGGGAGAAGGAGAAGGAGCGCGAGAGGGAGCGCGAGAGGGAGAGGGAGGUGGAGAGAGCUGCCAAGGCCUCCAGCUCUUCCCACGAGGGCCGGAUGGGCGACGCCCCCAUGGCCGGUCCGGCCCACCUGCGGCCGCCCUUCGAGCCGCCGCCCACGACCAUCGCCGCCGUGCCGCCCUACAUCGGCCCCGACACGCCCGCGCUGCGCACGCUCAGCGAGUACGCCCGGCCCCACGUCAUGUCGCCCACCAACCGCAACCACCCCUUCUUCGUGUCGCUCAACCCCGCCGACCCCCUCCUCGCCUACCACAUGCCCGGCCUCUACAACGCGGACCCCGGCAUGCGCGAGCGGGAGCUGCGCGAGCGCGAGAUCCGGGAGCGCGAGAUCCGGGAGCGCGAGCUGCGCGAGAGGAUGAAGCCCGGGUUCGAGGUCAAGCCCCCCGAGCUGGACAGUCUGCACCCCGCCGCCAACCCCAUGGAGCACUUUGCCCGGCACGGGGCCAUCACCCUCCCCCCCAUGGCGGGUCCGCACCCCUUCGCCUCCUUCCACCCGGGCUUGAACCCUCUGGAGAGGGAGAGACUGGCGCUGGCCGGCCCCCAGCUGCGGCCGGAGAUGAGCUACCCCGACAGACUGGCGGCCGAGAGGCUGCACGCCGAGCGCAUGGCCUCCGUGGCCAACGACCCCAUCGCCCGGUUGCAGAUGUUCAACGUCACCCCCCACCACCACCAGCACUCGCACAUCCACUCGCACCUGCACCUGCACCAGCAGGACCCGCUGCAUCAAGGUGAGGGCACUGACUCCCCAGCACGGAUCAGAGCGGGAAAGCAGCACAUGGUUCAGAAAUGUGGGACCUGCUCCCCCAUAACCAGGCACUUUGAGGGUUCUGGUGCUCACCCCCUGGUGGACCCCCUGGCAGCAGGACCCCACCUGGCCCGCUUCCCCUACCCUCCCGGAACCAUCCCCAACCCGCUGCUGGGGCAGCCUCCCCACGAGCAUGAGAUGCUCCGGCAUCCUGUGUUUGGCACCCCGUAUCCCCGAGACCUGCCGGGAGCGCUGCCGCCCCCCAUGUCUGCGGCCCACCAGCUGCAGGCCAUGCAUGCCCAGUCCGCGGAGCUGCAGAGGCUGGCCAUGGAGCAGCAGUGGCUCCACGGCCACCACCACGUGCACGGGGGGCCCCUGCCCGGCCAGGAGGACUACUACAGCCGCCUGAAGAAAGAAAGUGACAAGCAGCUGUAAUCGGCGAGGGAAGGCGGUGCCGUGAGUGUGGGACACACCUUUAUGGACAAGGUUCUGUGGAAGGAUCUCCAGUCAAUAUCCUAUGAACAAUUUAAAUUAAGAAGAAAAAAAAAAGAUUGACAGAUCUUCUGAAGAUUUUUUGAUCUUUUUUCGGUUUUUUAUUUUUUUUUAACAGAAACAGGACUUUAUUUCAUAUACGAUAUUCAUUGAGUAAAGACACUUUCUCAAGACUGGUUGCGACUCCCUGCAUGACGAUAUUUGGAGAACCUCCUGGCAGUUCUUGUAGGUGCUAGAAUACAAGUCACUUUGUCACUGUGCUUAACGAAAGAAAAAAAUAAAAAAGCAGUUAGGCAGUAUAUCCUAAAUCUUCAAGUGCUAUCUAAAAUUCAACAGUUAUUUUAAUACAUUGUAGGAAGUUUUUCAUAAUUUUAAAGAGAGCUCAAUUCUGCAGCAUGGCUUUUUUUGAGUCUGUAAAUAAAAAUAUAAAUAUAUAUUAUUAUUAUUGUUAUUAUUAUUAGGUGUGGACUCCUAACCAAGGUGUUAGACCUCAAAUAUUAUUGUUCUAAAGCAUUAUCCCUUUGUUUCAAAGGGGAGCACGAUGGCAUUAUUUCAGCAGGAAAAAUGGUUUCUGAAGCUGUUGGUGUGCAGUAGAGGGUUACAGGCAUAACGGUACAGUACGUCUUGAUCAACAACUCUGUAAAUUAUUUUUUAAAUUGUUUUCCUGUCAUCCUUAAAGACGUCAUGCUUUGCAGUCAAAAAUGCAGGUUUUUUUCCAUUGUACAUGACUGCCAUCCUUUGUAUUCAUUUCCAAACAACCCAAGCACAUGUUCAUGUCUUCUUUUACAUCUUUAACGUUCUGUGAGAGUCGAGGAGGGCAGGUUUCCAGCUGGAACUCGCUCCGAGAGGCUCAUGGGAAGGUUGUCAGGAGGGGUGAAUUGCACUGACAGGCCACGCAGUCUGUGGUUCGGAUCUUUAUGAAGUGGUCAUAGACGGAAUGCAGAAUUGGGUUUACAAAAAGAAAAUGCACUUUUAAAUUGUCUGCGAUUUGAUACCUUGCUUGGAGAUAUUCCCAGUACCAAAGUUGUUUUUUUUAAAAAAAGAAAUCCAUCAGAUUAUUUAGGUUAUUAAUAGGUUAUUUUAAGGAAAGGAGCAAAGAAUUAUUUUUAAGGCUAGUCAUCCUUCAGUCCCUUUUCAGCGAGGGAGAAGGUGAGUAGUGGAAUGUGAAGUCAAGAUCUCUUCACAAAGCAGAUCCAUUACAACUUAACUUCAUUUCAGUCUGUCGGCUUUGGUCUCAUGGCAUUUCUUUGUGUUGUACUGUGAUUCUUUAAAGACUACGGUGAGGACCUUUUCUUUCCUAGAAGUAGGUUUUAAUCCCCUCUGGGUGUCCCCAGCUCCAGGGUUCCCCCCAGAAGAGCCCCUCGGGCACCCUGCUGGCUGGUGGGAGGGGCAGUGAUGAUGUGGGCGGUUGAGUGAAUGUAGGCUCAGUGGAUCAGCGGGGGCGGCAGCAUGGGCUGGCGGAGAGACUCGAGUCUCGGGUUUGUGGGUCUGGGGGCCUGAGAGUUCCCGAGGCGCAGGGCUGACCAGGGCUCUCGCGUCUUCGGAGUCGAGGGCUUUAUUUGCCGUUGUAGGCUUCUUAGGUUUCAGUGUGAUCGCUUUCACGUGACUUAACGUCAGAACGUGUAGAAUAAUUCAUGGGCCGUUGCCCUGUUUUUUGUUUUGUUUUGUUCCCGUUCCAGUUGUUCGUUUUUGAGCCCCUCUGGGUGAUUUUCAUGAACAUCAGAAAUGUUUAUUAACCCCCAAGGGAAUUGUGUGCAUCUCUGACUUCCUCAGUGGAAAAGACCAACCCGAAGGUCGUUCUUGAGUCAGUCUGAACACUACCUAGAUUCUUGAAAGACCUGGGCAAGAGAUGCACGCCCGUCUGAUUUUUACGUUUUACAACUAUUUUUCCUCACAGAAUGGAGAAGCUGUGAGUUGAUGAGCGCUACAUCCUGAAUUUUACAUGGCCACUUCCCUGUCACUGUGUCCAGUACCAUGAAUUGGCAUCAGAUUUCAGUUCGUUUUUUUUUUUGCUUCCGUGUAUCAAACCUAUGAUGUUAAGUGUUGUCAAUGGUUUAGCUUCUUGUUUCAAACUGGCAAUAGCAGAAUGUAAAUUCUGACUGCUAAAUUUAUAUAUAUAAUGGUAUCUUGAAGCUUAUUGUAUAUAUGAGUAGUUUGCCAUGGGAUAACACAAUGUAAACAAAGUAGAAACAAUUAAAACAAUUGUGAGUCCUGUGUUUUCUCCAUUUGAGUAUUUUGUAAUUUUUUUGAAAAAUUUGUGGAAUUAAAAAUAAACUUAAGUUACACCACAGCACA